UCUACUUGAAUACAUUUUAUAAAAAAUAUUAUUUUGGUUUUGUUUAAAAUGUUUUCACCUUAUUGUAAUAAUAGUUCAUAUAACAUUGUAAAUAUUAAAAGGCCCAUAUAUCUGACGUACUCGUUUAUUAACCAUUGGAUGCAAAUUCGGAAAAAGAGUUCAGUUAUUACCAACGAAGUUGAAGUGUCCAGUACGGACGUACUGACUGAUGAAACCCAAUUUCGUGCUUUGGAAAAAUCUGUUACUCCUUUAUGUCGAAUGCCAUAUGAGAAACAAUUGGUUCUAAAACAACAGUGGACAAAUACUGUGUGUAAAGAAGUGCGCAGUCGACUACACAAUCCUCAAAUAAAUGAAUACCGCAAUAAAGACGAAUUUAAUUUUCGACCUGGUAUCGAUGGUAACCCUAAAACCCUUGGAUUUUUUGUGACUAAUCCGUCUAAGGAAAGUAUCUAUUGUGUGUCUGCAAUGAAACUAAUUAAUAUGAAGCAAUCGCAUAAAGAUGUUGCUCAGGUUUUUGAAGAUUUUGUUAGAAAAUCUGAAUUGCCCGCUAGUUAUGAUCAUAUGGAUGGUGGUUUUUGGCGAGGAAUUAUUGUGCGGAGUAAUUUAAAAGGUGAUAAAAUGGCCAUAGUGGUUGCUAAUCCUAGAGGUUAUACCAAUGAAAUCAUGUUGGAUGAACAACGUAGAUUUAAUGACUACUUGAAGAGUAUGAAUGUUGAUAUACAAUCUUUAUAUUUUCAUCCAAGUUUGCACACUAGAAGUUCAAAAGAUUCAACAUUCAUUCUUGUUGAUGGAGAUAAAUACAUUUAUGAGGAAUUAUGUGGUUUUAAGUUCAGAAUAUCUCCAGACUCAUUUUUUCAAAUUAACACCUUAGCUGCUGAAGUCUUGUACCACGAAUUGUUCAAUUUAAUAAAUCCAACAAAGACAACAACUCUGCUAGAUUUAUGUUCAGGCACUGGUACAGUAAGUGUAAUAGGCAGUCAACACGUACAGUCCUGUGUUGGUAUUGAAUCUGUGGCGCAGGCCGUUAAUGAUGCUAAAGAGACUGCAAAAAUAAAUAAUAUACACAAUUGUGAUUUUAUUGAAGGCAAAGUAGAAAUAGUAUUAAAACAAGUUUUGAAUGAAUUAAGCAUGACCAGUGAUUUGAGUGCUGUAUUAAAUCCCGGUCGAGCAGGCGUGCAUCCAAAAGUCAUAAAUGCUAUUAGAAAUAAUAGAUUGAUCAACAGUCUUGCGUAUGUGUCAUGUAAAGCAGAUAGUCCAAUAACUAUGAAGAACCUUGUGGAAUUAGUUGUUAACAACAAAAAAUCUCGCCCUUUUACUUUGAAGUCCAUAAAACCAGUUGAUAUGUUUCCUCAUACAAAACACUGUGAAUUAAUUUUCAUGUUCAAACGUUAAAUUGUAUAUGAAAUUAAAACAAGUGUGUAAUUAUAUGUUAA